AUGAUGGACUCCGUCCCUAGCAAGGAGCACGCAGAUAUCGAGGAAACAACAUCUCACCCGCUACGGCGUCCAUCAACACUUCGCAGUCGGAUCAGCAGGACCUACAGCCGAGCCAGCGAGCCUGAAGAUGAGGAAGAUGCGCUUGACUGGCGUACUCUGCCAGGGCUAGCGACGGAGAUCCCAGUGAACCGGAGCCUUGGACUCACAUGGAAAAAUUUGACAAUCAGAGGCGCAGCAGCGGGUGGAACCGUGAAUGAGAACGUCGUGUCGCAGUUCUUCCCCAAAUUCUUGAGGAAGGACAACUUUGCAACUACAUCAACAAAGACAAUCAUUAACAAUAGCUCGGGAUGCGUCAAGCCAGGCGAGAUGUUGCUUGUGCUUGGUCGACCAGGGGCUGGAUGCACGUCUCUUCUGAAGGUCCUAGGCAACAGACGCAAAGGCUUCAAAGAAAUUGAUGGCGAAGUCAUGUAUGGCUCGCUUCUCCAUCACGCAGCAACACAAUACAGUGGUCAGAUUGUUAUGGCCGAAGACGAGGAAACUUUCUUCCCGACUUUGACUGCCGGAGACACGAUCGAUUUCGCAACACGUCUUAAGGUACCAUAUGGUACUCCUAAUGGCUUCGCUUCUCCAGAAGAGGCUAGAGCGGCUACUGCUGAUUUCCUCUUCCGCAUGCUCGGAGUCUCGCACACGAAAGGCACCAGAGUCGGCAAUGAAUACAUUCGCGGGGUAUCAGGCGGCGAAAGAAAGCGUAUUAGCAUCUUAGAGGUCAUGGCUGCCCAAGGCAGCAUCUGCCUCUGGGACAAUUCAACAAGGGGGCUUGACGCAAGCACAGCAUUGCAGUUCGUCCAGUCUGUGAGAAAGUUGACAGAUCUCUUCGGUCUCACAUCUAUCGUCACGCUUUAUCAAGCUGGUAACGGCAUCUAUGAGGUCUUCGAUAAAGUCAUGGUGCUUGAGCAUGGGGAGCAGAUCUACUACGGCCCCAAAGAGUCCGCUAAACCGUUCUUCGAGGAUCUUGGCUUUGUCUGUGCCGAUGGCGCUAACGUCGGCGACUUCUUGACAGGAGUCACGGUUCCCACAGAACGACAGAUCCGAGCUGGCUUCGAGUCUCGGUUCCCGCGAACUGGGUUGGAAAUUCGGGCGCAGUAUGAGAGAUCAAUCCUCAAGGAACAGAUGGAUAGUCAGCUGCACUAUCCGGAAGCAACAACAACUAAAGAGCUCACCACCAAGUUUACAGAAAUGGUACAACAUGAGAAACACCCAGGAUUCCUGUCAGGGCGAACCCCAUACCAAGUCGGUUUCUGGUCCCAACUCAAGGCAAGUGUGAUUCGACAAGUGCAGAUCCUUCGAGGCGACAAAACCGUUCUGUUCGUCAAGCAGGGAUCGAAUAUCAUCCAGGCAUUGUCUGUUGGCGCACUUUUCUACAACGCUCCCGAUACGUCUACAGGAACUUUUCUUCGCGGGGGAACCCUUUUCACCGCUAUUGUGUUCAACGUCUUUCUGGCCCAAUCGGAGGUCACUGACUCAUUCGUUGGGCGAGGUGUCUUGACCAAGCAUCGGGCUAUGGCAUACCACCAUCCUGCAGCCUGGUGUUUCGCGCAGAUCAUUGUCGACAUCCCUAUCGUGCUUUUCCAGAUUUCGGCCUUCUCCCUCCCGAUUUAUUUCAUGGUUGGACUAUCUAUGUCCGCUGGUGACUUCUUUACUUUCUGGUUUAUACUUAUAUCGGUCACAUUUUGUCUGACAGCUGCUUUCCGAGCCAUGGGAGCUGCAUUCAGGACGUUCAACGAUGCAAGCAAGAUCUCUGGCGUAGCCGUCUUGGUAUUCCUCUUGUAUAGCGGUUACAUGAUUAACAAAGGCGAUAUGAAGCCUUGGUUUGUCUGGAUCUACUGGAUUGACCCGAUCGCAUAUUCGUUCAACGCCCUCAUUUCUAACGAAAUGCAUGGAACAGUCAUCAAUUGCGCUGGUCCUAAUCUUGUGCCAACAGGCCCUGGUUAUGGUUUUGCAGAGAAUCAAGCAUGCACAGGAGUGCUUGGCGCAUUGCCUGGAGCUACCACUGUCACGGGAGAACAGUAUUUACAAGCACUCAGUUACGAUCACUCUCACCUGUGGAGGAAUGUCGGCAUCGUGUGGGUUUGGUGGGCAUUCUAUGUUUUUCUGACGAUUGUCGGUACCUCCACGUGGCAGAGCGUCUCAUCGCAGAAAGGAAUACUCGCCGUCCCUAGAGAGCUUGCUACCAAGGCGCGCUUGCCCUCCAGUGAUAUUGAGUCGCAGGAUUCAGAAAAGACACCAAUACCAGCAACCAACUCAUCCAGCAAUUCGAAUACCGAGGAGAAAACGAUCGGAAACCUUGCUGAAAACACUUCUAUUUUCACGUGGAAAAAUCUCAAGUACACAGUCUCAACCCCUAACGGACCUCGGCAGCUGCUAGACGAUGUCCAUGGAUGGGUGAAACCUGGUCAAUUGGGUGCAUUGAUGGGCUCGUCAGGAGCCGGCAAAACAACAUUAAUGGACGUGCUAGCGCAGCGGAAAACGGAGGGCACAAUUACCGGAUCUAUACUUGUCGACGGUUCACCGCUUCCACUCAAUUUCCAACGAUCAGCUGGAUACUGCGAACAACUUGAUGUCCACGAGCCACUGGCCACUGUGAGAGAGGCGCUAGAGUUCUCGGCACUCUUACGCCAACCACAACACUUUUCAAUACCAGAGAAGCUAGCUUAUGUCGACGUCAUCAUCGACCUCCUCGAAAUGCAUGAUAUUGAGGAUUGCCUUAUUGGAUAUAGUGAUGGACAAGGCCUAUCAGUUGAGCAACGUAAACGACUGACGAUCGGUGUCGAGCUUGUCGCUAAGCCCAGCAUUCUCACCUUCCUUGAUGAACCCACCUCCGGAUUAGAUGGACAGGCAGCGUACAACAUUAUUCGAUUCCUCAAGAAGCUUGCAGCGGCAGGGCAGGCUAUUUUAGUCACCAUCCACCAACCCAGCGCGCAACUAUUCUAUGAGUUUGACAAUCUACUUCUACUUACUCGAGGUGGCAAGACUGCCUACUUUGGAGAGAUCGGAGAUCAGGCUGCCACACUCAACGCAUACUUCGCCCGCAACCACGCCGCUUGUCCAAAAGGAAAGAACCCCGCUGAGCACAUGAUUGACAUCGUGUCUACCCGGAAGAAGGAUUGGCAUCGAACCUGGCUUGAGUCUCCUGAACACGACGCUAUGCUCGCCGAACUAGAUAACAUGGUUCCGAAAGCCAAUCAUAACUCUUCCCUAGCUCAUGAUGACGGAAAGGAAUACGCUACGCCCUUAUGGACCCAGAUCAAGCUUGUCACUAUCCGCAUGUCGAAAGCUAUCUAUCGUAACCCAGACUAUGUCGACAACAAAUUUAUGCUACAUAUCGUCACGGGACUUUUCACUGGUUUCAGCUUCUGGCAAGUUGGCAACAGCGUGACAGAAUUGAAUCUUCGUAUGUUUGCGACGUUCCAAUUUAUCUUCGUUGCUCCUGGGGUUAUAACACAACUGCAACCCUUGUUUAUCGAAAAACGUGACAUAUACGAUGCCCGAGAGAAGAAGUCGCGAAUGUACAGCUGGAAAGCAUUCGUUACGGCAAUGAUUGUUUCAGAAAUGCCCUACCUCGUUCUUUGUGCGACACUUUACUUUUUCACGUUCUACUACACAGUGGGGUUCUCAAGCGACUCAAGCAAGGCAGGCCCAUCAUUCCUGAUGAUGUUGAUAUAUGAGUUCCUCUACACCGGUAUCGGCCAGUUUAUCGCAGCGUAUGCACCCAACGCGACCGCAGCGGCACUCGCGAAUCCUCUUAUAAUCUUCAACAUGGUCGGGUACUGUGGCGUGCUCGUUCCAUACCAGCAAAUUGUUGAAGGCCUGCGUUACUGGGUCUACUGGAUCAAUCCUUUUCAAUAUCUCAUGGGCGGCCUAUUGAUCUUUCCAAACUGGGAUAUUGAGGUCAAGUGUAGCGAGGAAGAGCUUGCGGUUUUUGACCCCCCCUCCAACCAGACCUGCUCAGAAUACCUUGCAGAUUUUCUCGCCAAUCCUUAUGGCAAGUCGAGCAACCUUUUGAAUCCUAAUGCUCAAGCUGGCUGUCAAGUCUGCCAGUAUCAAUACGGAAGCGACUGGCUGAAAUCGAUGAACCUCAAGGAGCAGUACUAUGGAUGGAGGGACAUCGGAAUUGUCACGAUCUUCGUGUGCUCAAGCUAUGCCCUUGUGUACCUACUCAUGAAGCUACGUACGAAGAAGAGCAAGACUGCUGAGUAG